AUGCGUCCAACAACAUCUGUACAAGCAUUUUAAAAACCUUAAUAUUUAAAUUAGAUGAGUAUAUUAGAAAAAUUAAAAAAUGAAAAAAUAAUCCAAAAUAUGAAUAAAAGAAUAAAUUAUUUGAAAAAUCCAAGGUUUAAAUAAAAUAAUAAACCACCAAUAUAAUUUACAGAAAUAAAAAAGCGAAAUGUUAAUAAACAAUAAUUAUAAAUAUAUAUUUAUUCAUAAAAAUAGGAUUUAUUAAUUAAUGCAACUGAUUAAAAAUGUCCUUUCAAAGCAAAUCCUUAAAUAAUAUUAUUUAAAGAUUAUUUAAUAAAUGAAAUAUAUAAAAUAAAUUUGACAAUAAUAAAUACAACAUCAAUUUUACGUCGAAUAAAAUUCCUACCACCUUAGCUAGAAUAAUUUACUAUCACAAGCAUAAUAUAUCCAGGUGAAAAAGAAGCUAAAAAUGAAAUAUAUUAAAUAAAUAAAUUAAAAGAAGUAGGUUUGAUUGCCCCUGGUAUGUCCUUAUAACUAACAGUAUAAUUUAAAGUUACAUCGUUUGCAUAAUACGAAGAUAAAAUAACUUUUAUUUCUGAAGAUAGUAUAUUUGAAGUACCUCUAAUAAGUUAAAAAGAAAAGCCUUAAAUAACCCUUCCGGAAAUUUUAAAUUGCAAAAGUUGCUGGGUGGGUGAUAAAACUGAGACUGUAUUUAGAAUCCAAAAUAGAGGAGGAGAAAGUGGAUUUAAGUUUUUUUUAGAAAAUGAGGACGAGGAAAAUAAUUACAAUAAUUGCUUAAAAGCAACCUCUUUUUCUUUAUACCCUUGCGAAUUUUUUCUUUCAAAAAACGAAGAGAUGUAAAUUAAUGUGACAUUUUGUCCCAAAUAAGAAGGACAUAUAUAAGAAAAAAUAAUUUUAGCCUGUGAUAAUCUCACUUUCUCACAUUUUUGUUUAGAAGGAAAUGGAAAUUUAGUUGAUUUGGAGAUAUAUGGAAUUGACAAUAUUAAAUUUGAUAUUUUUUAAGAAUAAAAUAAUGAAUUUAUAAAACAAAUUUUCUUUGAAAAUGCUUAUCCUUAAACAAAAAUAAUCCGAAAAUUAAAAAUAAAGAAUAAAACUUCUGUUGAAAUUAAAUAUCAUUGGGCACUUUUUAAAAAUGAAGUUAAAAAUAAACUUGUUUAAAAUGAAAAUAACAACAAUAACGAAUUCUUCUUUUAAAUAGAACCAGAAAAAGGAAUUUUCGAAAAAGAAUAGAUCCUUACUUUUUCUAUUAGUUAUUUUUCUUAAAGCUCAAUUCCUUAAUUUGAAUUCGCAAGCCUUAUUAUAGAAGACAUAUCCCUUUCAAGUAUUAAAAAUCCACCAUAAAUACUCAAAAAAAUGCUCCUUAACUCUCCUAACAAUAUAGAAUAAAUUGAAGAGUUAGUAGAAAAGCCGGCCUUUUUUGCCUCUAAUAGCUCUAGAUAAUCGAUUUCUUUCUUCGAUUUUUAACUUAUUGGGUUAGGGAUGUUUAUUUAAAUAGAAGUCGAGCCUUCAUAUCAUGUCUUUGUAGGAAAUCUUUUUAUUGGAAAAAGUUAUUUUUGGAAAUUUACGCUUAAAAAUAAUAGUUCAUGCCCUGUAUCUUACUGUAUUUAACCUUUCUAAUUAUAAUAUGAUGAUUAAAACGUAUUUCCAGACAUCCCUUAAAGUCAAAGCUAAAUUUUGGAAAAAUCUAAUUCGGAAGUUUUUUUAGGGUUUAAAAGUUUAGAAGUAGGAUAAAAUAAAAAAAUAACUUAUUAAGUUAUUUUUAAUUACUCUUAACCUAUUUUUAUUGAUCUUAUAGGAAAUUUCAUUGGACCUGAAAUCAGCUUAGAUGUUCCUGAAAUCGAUUUUGGAUUACUUUAAGUAGGUCAAGAAGGUCUAUUUUAGCUAAAUAUUAAAAACGAAAGUGGAAUUUAAGCUGAAGUUUUAUUUUAAGAAGAAUUUGAUAAUUCUUUAAAGUUUAAAGAAGAAGAAAAUAAUUUAAAAAAUAUAGAAAAUUAUUUAGAUUUAUACCAGAAAAAAUAAGAAAAUAAUUUUAUAUUUGAUAAUAAAAUAAUUUUUCUUGGACCAUUUGAACAAAAAACAGUCAACAUAAAAUGCCUUCAAAAUGAACCCAAAACAAUAAAUACAAUAUUGGGAUGUUUAGUUAAGGAUGGUAAAAUUAAUUAUAUACGAACUAAAGCUGAAAUAUAAAAAAUAAAUGUGUCAUUAAAUACAUUUUAAUUAAACUUUGAACGUAUUUAUAUAAGUAAAGAAUAUAGAUUAAUGAAAGGAUAAUCAGAAUAAUAUAUUGAAUUAUAAAACUUAGGAAAUUUGCAGUGUAAAUUUUCAUGGGAACUUGAUACUAAAUAAUAGAUGUUGAAAUAUACAUUUGAACCCUCAACAGGCAUAUUAAAAGCAAAGGAAGUACUUCCAAUUAAAUUUACAUUUAUUCCUUAGUUAGGAGGAAAUUUUGAAGAAAUAUUCAUUUGUAAUAUUGAAGGAGUAGAAUAUCCUUUAGGUUUUGAAUUAAAAUCGUAUAUUUAAGGUUUAACUAUUGAAUUUGAUAAUUUAUAAUAAAGCAAUAACUAAAAUAAUGAUAGUAUUAUAGAUUAAAAGGAUAUCAGUAAAUAGAUUAAAAAUAAAAUUUUAAAUAAAACUUAAACAGAAAAGAAAAAUAGUUUUACCGAUAAAAAAAUUAGUAAUUUAUAUACAAGAACACCUUUAAAAAGCAUCGAAUUUUAUGAAUGCUUAAUAAAUUAAUAAAGAACAUUUCAAAUUUCAAUAAGAAAUACUUCAGAAAUCCCAACUUCUUUUGAAAUUUUUCCUGAAAAAUAUCUCCCUUUUUUUUCAAAUGAUAAAGAAUCAGUCACAAAUACAACUGAAAAAAUGUAAGAAAUUACAUAUAAAACAGGCACUUCGAGUUUAUUUAAGAAAAAUUAAAAAAAAAGAUAAAGUUUUUCUGCUAAACCAUAAGUAUUACUAACCAAUGACAUAGAAAAAAAUAAAAACUUUACUUCUAUUUAAGGCUAAUAACUUAAUUAAACCAAAAUUCUAUUAUAAAACUAAAGAAUUUAUUUAUCUAAUAAUAAAGGAAUAGCUAUUCUUUGUGAACCAAAUAAAGGAAAACUUCCUGCAAAUUCUGAAGUGUUAAUAAUAAUAGCCUGCUUUAACGAUAUAUGUGGCCAUUUUAAGGAUAAUUUAAUUAUAAAUAUAAACGGUUAUCCAUAGUAAAAAUUUCCAAUGGAAGUAGAAGUGAUAGGAUCACCAGUAAUAAUAAAUCCAGGUUAAUUAGGCAUUUUAAAUAAUAAUCAAGAUUGGCCAAUAUUUAAUUUAGGUUAAUAUAUACGUGAAUAAACUCCUAUAACACGUUAAUUUAAAAUUAUGAACACAGGUCCAAAGGAUGUUAUUAUAGAAUGGAAACUUUUCGAUUUGAAAAAUAUUGAUAGAACAAAAGAUAUGUUCUAAAUUUAAAUAUAAGAACCUCAUUUAGGCACUUAAGAUGCUUGUUUAUUACAUUUCGAACCUUUAUAACCUUAAGAAGUCGUUCAAAGUGAUAUUUAAAUUGAAUAAAAAUAAUUUAUUUUGGAAGGAAGAGAAGAGAAAAUCAUAAAAGUAAAUUUCUAAUCUAAAGAAGCCAAAAAUUUUGAUUAAGUUUUAGUUGCUCGUCCUUAUUUGAGAUAAAAAAACUAAUUUUCUAUUGAUCCAAAUGAAAAAAAUGAUAAUAUGGGUACUGUAGCUAUAAGAUUAUAAGCUUAAACAAUAAAUCCUUAUUUAUAUAUAGAUAAAUUAAAAAGUGUAGAUGGAAUAUUAAAAUUAAAAUUCGAAAAAUGGUCAUGUUAAGAAAUCAUAGAAAAUAAAAAAGAACUAAAAGAAAUAACAUUAAUAAAUAAAUUUAAUUUAAAUUUAAAAUUCUAAAUCCAUAUUAUUGGACCAUUCAAAAUAAUGUAGGCAGCAACCAAUUCACCGGCAAGUUAUGAUUAAGAAGUUGUACUUUUGACUCCAGAACACAUUUCUUAUCUUUAAAACAAAUUUAAUUUAGUUUAAAAUAGCAACCUUUCUUUGAAAAUUGAAUUCUAAGGUCCAAAAGCCAAUAAUUAUUAGGAAUGGCCUUUAACUUACAAAACUUAUAAAUUUGGAAAAUUGCAAAUACUAUUUGAAAAUGGAGAUUAAUAGAAUAUUGAAUUAGAAGGUCAUUUGCUUCGACCUCUUGUUUAUUUAAAUACUUCUGGUAUCGAAGAUGUUGAAGGCGAUUAAAUUCAGGAUUUCGACACUGUCAAUAUAAAUAAUUAUAAAAGCAUAACUAUUUUCUUAAGUAAUAUUUCAUAAGUGCCUGCAAAAUGGAAAAUUAAUAAUAUUAAAGCUAUUUCAAAUAGAAUUUAAUCUGCCACUCUACCUAAUAUGUUGACUAAAGAGGAAAUAGAAGAUAAUUAGAAAGUUGAUGAUCCUUCAGUUUUUGAAUUUUAAAUUUCUUAGGGAAUACUUAUUGGACCUUCUGUCCCUGUAAAAUGUUUUCCUGAUACUUUAGCUUUACCAAAUUAAAAAACAAAUUAAAUUAUUGCGGAUAAUAAAUAAUAUCCUUAAAAAAUAAUGAUUAAUUUUAGAGUAUUUUUUUUAAUAUAAUUUAAUUAUUAUUAUUAUAAAUAGCCUAGGAAAAAUGUUCUUUAUAAAUGUAAAUAUAGAAUUAUUGUAGAAGAAGGACCUUCAGUUGAUUUUUUUUUAAGAGGAAGAGGCACAUAUGAUGAAAAAAAAUAUAAAUGA